UAACCACUUCCCCAGAGAAUCCACCUACCGUAUACAUCAUCAAGGUUAUCGUCAUGAUUGAGCCUGAAAACACUAACCCUGAAGAGGCCGUCAGCCCUUGGAAGCUGGAGAUGGCCAAUCGCGGGUAUUACAUCCAGUCCAAGAUUUUGCACAUCCCCGAUCGAUUCGGCUUCCUCUCUCCUGGCCCACCUUCGCUCCAGGUAUUCGACGUCGACGGAGUCAUCGCCCUGUUGUUUUACUUAUCUUUCAUGGGCACCAUUGAAGCUCUGGUCCUUAUUCAUUCAUGGCUGUAUGAAUACUUUAGGUGGUUUCUCGUCUACUUCUUCUUUGGGGUAAACUGUGAACUCAUUUUGGGCUUGUGGAUUAUAACAUGUAUCGGCCAUUACUUCAAACGUGGCCACAGCGAGGGAUCAUGCACCGCGGGCGCUGUGGCCGAAGAAAAAGCCCAAAGUACCUAG